CCACAUUUACCCAUGUUCCCCAUAACUACAAGUGUCUACCAAUUCUUUCUCUUCGCUGCAUCCCUCCUAGUAGAUUAUCCCUGGCCUAUAGCCCUCUGCGAUCGUCACUAUACCAGCCUGGCCUAUCUAACAAGCACCUGUCUAUUCACCCGUUCGUCCAGCAGCGUCGCUACUGUAGUCCCCGAUUCGCGACGUCUCCAACCCGCCGAGAAGAGCCAUCUUCCCACAAUCUCCACUACUCGAUAGAUAAACGAGACCCCCCCCCCCGACCCGCAAAACAAAACCAAAGAGACAGACAAGAGCGAGGGAGGAGAGAGAGAGCAAUAGGAAGAGAAGGGAGAGAGGUAGCGGCGGGUAACGAUGUCAUACUACUUCGCCAUCGUCGGCACGCAGGACAACCCGCUCUUCGAGCAUGAGUUCGGCACGUCGAAGCAGGGCGGCGACGGCCAGGCGCGCUUCACCGACCAGGCGCGCCACAUGAACCAGUUCAUCGUCCACAGCAGCCUCGACAUCGUCGAGGAGGUCCAGUGGGGGACCAGCCAGAUGUACCUCAAGUGCGUCGACAAGUUCUUCAACAACUUCGUGUCGUGCUUCGUGACGGGUGGCAACGUCAAGUUCCUGCUCCUGCACCAGCCGCUCACCGGCGGCGCCUCCGCCUCCGCCUCCGCGUCGGGCAACGCCGCCGGCACCGCCUCGGGCGCCCGCGCCGCCUCCUCCUCCUCGGCCUCGUCCUCGUCCACCUCCAUCGCCAACAACCCCACCAGCCCCCAGGCCGAGGAGGCCGUCCGCAACUUCAUGCUCGAGGUCUACGAGAGCUGGGUCAAGGCCGUCAUGAGCCCCUUCUACCGCGCCGGCGCCGAGGUCCGCAGCCCCGUCUUCCGCCAGCGCGUCGCCGCCGCCGGCAGGAAGUAUCUAUGAUGGCCGCGGCAGCAGCGUGCGAGAGAGGGCGGGGGAGGUUCGCGUGGGAUGGUGGCCGUACGUAUCCUAAUACGUUGUAGUUAUACCCACCACAUAGUUUGGCGUGGAGGGCUGGAAGGCAGGAUUCGCUCAAGCCUGUCGGGAACGAUAUACCAUUAGCUAGGCGUUAUGGAGCUACCGUCACUAGAUUGCCUGUUUUUCUACCAUUGUCACGCGUCACUCGAUAUUGCACUCCGAUAACGCAAUUCCGAUCAAAUCAGUCGAUUUACGAGUUUACAAGCACCAAUUAGUCACC